CCCUCUCAAUUCUCAAUUCUCAAAUCUCCAUCAUCACCAUCCUCCUCCUCCACCUUUAAUCUGCUGCUUCUCUACAUUUGUUUCUUGAAUCCAAUGGCUACUGCUCAGGUUGUAUCGGCAACAACCGCAUUACAUGAUGAGAAAAUUGAGGAGCAACCGAUCAAGAAACCUCAAGAGGAGAUCAAGAACACAGACAAUCAAGAACCAGUAGUAGUACCUGAACCACAACCACAAGUGGAACAUCUCCCUGAAGAGGCUGCACCCGAACCAGAACUCGCAGCUCCUGGACCUGAACCAGAAACCAAACCUGAACCCACAUCUGAACCAGAAGCAGAAGCAGAAGCAGAACCCAAACCCGAAGUCCUUGCAGUUGAGGUUGAGACCAUAGUGGUGGUCAAAGAAGAAGAAGAAGAAGCUAAGGUUAGCCCUGUGGAUCAGGCAGCAAAGGUGGCACCCGAGCCAUGUGUGGAGGAAGUGGCUAAAGAAACCAUCGAACCAGAAACUAAACCAGUGGAAGAAACCGAGCCAACUGAGGUUGGAAAAGCCGAACCAGAAGAGAAAGAUGAUAAGAAAGAAGAAGGUGUUGCAACUGAGGAGUAGAUCUUGAAUCAUAUAUUUGGGAACUGUUUCUUGUUGUUUAAGUUUUCAUUACGUUUUUCUGAAAGUAUUUCCACCGGGGACUGAAUCAGUGUGUAAUCAAAUGUCAGCCUUGGCCACGUGGCAAGCAUGGGUUGGGUAGAAGCUAGGGUUUUAUGGAAUGGAACAUGCUGCAGGUUGGCUAAGGUUUUGCUGGUAAUAAAAGAUUUGGUUAACAUGGUGGGGUUAGUUUUAUCUAAUCAUGAAGAAUAAAGGUUAAUUGCAUGUUGAU